ACAGAUCAUCCACCAGAGAAUUUGAACGAUGCUGCACUAAAUUAUCAACAGGACUGGAGAGUUGAAGAGGUUGACUGUGACCCAAUCCUGUCCACUGGAUAUGAAGAUAUGGCCUGUGACCCGGUCAUGUCCACUGGAUACGAAGGUGAUAUGAAUCUUCAGCUCAUGAAUCCAAACCUUCUUUUCCAAACUUGUGAAUCAAAUAAUGUACAGCAGAACAACUUCACCAAAGAUAAUAUUUUAGAUAUUGAAUCUGGAACUCCGUCAUUCUACACUUUUAUGGAUGCUGAAGGUGAAGACUUCUCUGGAGAAAACUGGCAGUUACCUCUGGAUUUAGGCCCUCUGGAGGAUGUAGUAUAUAUAGAGAUUAAAGCCACAUUGGCUUAUCUGCUGUGUCUACCACAGAGAAACGAUUCUCGGAUCUUAGUAUUGCAAGUCCGUAAACCUACCGCCGUCCGACCAGAGGACACUAAAUGAAUAUCCUCCAGAGGGCCUAAAUCCAGAGGUAACUGCCAGAUUUCUCCAGAGAAGUCUUCACAUUCAGCAUCCAUAAAGUUAUAGAAUGAUGGAGUUUCAGAUUCAAUAUUUAAAAAAAAUAUCUUCGCUGUGUUGUACAUUGUUUGAUCCAUAAGUUUGAAAAAAGUAGGUUUGGAUUCAUGAGCUGAAGAUUCACAUCACCUUCGUAUCCAGUGGACAUGACCGGGUCACAGGCCAUAUUAUCUAAUAUCCAGUGGACAGGACUGGGUCACAGUCAACAUCUUCAACUCUCCAGUCCUGUUGAUAAUUUAGU